AAAUUGAGUCUCUAUUGUGUGAUCCUAUUAUUUGAAAACUAUUUAACAGACGAGUGUUUACAAUUUUGAACAUUCUGUCUGGAGACAUGAUGGGGACAAGAAGCUUCAUACGAGCAAUUGGUCUGUUCUUUUGGUUAACAAGUGCCGGUGCUGAUGUUAACUAUAACGCAGUGUUCAACGUACAAGACUCGAGCGGGUCAACUCACUCACCUGACGUAAAGCCAAAGGACUGUACAGAACUGCAUCAAUUCCAGAAACAGUCGGGUAUCUUCACAAUAUAUCCCGACCGCGCAAUGCCAAAAGGGUUUAAUGUUAGCUGCGAUAUGGACAUUGACGGCGGCGGGUGGACGGUGAUACAGCGCCGUGUCACGGACACAGACUUCUACAAGACGUGGAAUGAGUAUCAAACGGGAUUUGGUGACCUCGCAAAGAACUUCUGGCUCGGAAACCAAAAGAUUUCUAUCAUAACUUCGCAAGGCUGGUACGAACUCAGAAUUGACCUGAUGGCUACAAAUGGAGACACGCGAUUCGCUAAUUACGAAGUAUUUUCGGUGGGUGAUGCACAGAGCGAGUACACUUUGUUUGUCGACGGUUACUCUGGAAAUGCUAAUGAUAGCAUGCCUACCCAUAACGGGGCGAAGUUUUCUACAAAGGAUCGAGAUAACGAUAAUAGAAGCGGAAACUGUGCUCAGUCAUAUAAAGGUGGAUGGUGGUACAACGAUUGUCAUGAAGCUAAUCUGAACGGAGAUUUUGGAAAUACGGAAUUUGGUCAAGGCAUAAACUGGUAUCAUUGGCUUGGGCAUCGCGUCUCUCUUGCGAAAGCCGAUAUGAAAAUAAGGCGUAAAAUUUAAUUUUUCAUUCAGUUUAAACGCCACAUAGUUAAAACGUUUUCCCAAAGCACAACAUAUAGAAGACAGAAAACUACAAAAUAAUGUACUUUUAGACUUCUUAGAACCAGUGAAAAUGUUUCGUCUCGUUUAUAUUAUACUUGCAGACAAUAAAACAAUUCCUUGAAGACACAGUCGGAGUCCUUCUCUGUGGUCAAAGUAAAAAUAACGUAACCGGCAUAUUUCUGGAGACACGUUAUGCUUUCGGGUAAUAGGAAUACAUGUAGAUCUUAUUUUAUUUUGUUUUACGAACAUUUCUUUCAUUGCAUGCGUCUUUGUUGUACUCUCAUUUUAACAAACUACCGAUAUUAUGCAAGGCUCUGUUUUGUAUCCUAAUGGUGAACAUUAAUUAGCAAUGUAACUUUUAUACGUGAAUAUCUAAUUUAUAUAUGCAUGAUUAUUUUUUCAUUGUUGAAUUGUUUCCAAAAUGGACCAUGUGACAUUAUCUAUUCUUUUUGAAGUAUUAGGGCUUUUAAAUGGCGAGCACUCAUUUGAGCCAUAACAUUUUUGUUAUGUGUUCAAAUUGUUCCAAUGCGAAUUCCGUUGUAGUGUCAGUCAGUGAAUUAGUGGGAAAUGGCCUUAAACGUUUGGUCAUUAGCGGUGAGUAUGGUCUCUUAGUGUUGCGGUGUUUAUAUAUUAAGAACGUUUUCAUGUAUUAUAUCACAGAGUCAAUCUCUAACUAAUUUCACGAUUUGAUUUAUGUCGUGUCAAAGAUAGAGUCAAUUCAAGAUUAUGUAUUUAAAUUAUACUGGUGAAAAGCAUUUCCUGAAAUAGCGAUUACGAGUUACAAGUAAUGUCACAGAUAGUUAUUAUCUAUAAUUGUUAUAUGAACAACUGGCCCAUGCUUACACAUUUACUUUAUAUUCAUUUAUAUUCAUUCAUAUGUUUGCAAAUGCUUCACUUUUAUCACAAAAUUUAACAUAGAAUUUUUUCUUUCGAUUACAUUUGUUUUCCUUGUCCUUGAUGUAUUCUCAAACCCACCACGAAAAUCGAUCAACAUUUUGUUAGGCGUAUGUAAGUUAUGGAAGCGUAAAGACGUCUUCAAAGUUCAAGUCAUUUGAAUUUCAAGAGAAUGCAUAUUUUUAGCUCGACUACUCGAAGAAUAGGUGGGCUAUACUACUCGCCCCAGCGUCGGCGUCGGCGUCUGGUUAAAGUUUUAGCGCAAGUUUGGAUUUUCACUUAUAAGUCCAAUACCCUUCAUUCAAUUGACUUAAUACUUCACACAAUUGUUCAGGACCAUCACCCAAUGAGGUUACAUAACUCCAUAUUAUCCUUAAUACAAGUUAUGGCCCAUGAUUAACUAAGGUUAAAGUUUAAGGUCAGGUUAAAGUUUAGGGAAAGUUGGGAUUUUAAUUAAAAAACAACUUCUAUAUCCUUCAUUCAAUGCACUUAAUACUAUUCAGAAUUAUUGACAACCAUCUUACAACAAGGAACAUAACUCCAUUUUAGCCAUAAAUACAAAUAAUUGCCCUUGAAUGUUUCUUUUUCUUUUAAUUUCUUUUGAAAGGCACAUUUCAAUAUUCCUAACCGCAUUUUCAUAAAGGGUAAACAUUUUUUUUAAUUUUUUUUUAUUUCCUUUGAAAGGCACAUUUUGAUAUUCCUCACCACAUUUUCAUAAAGGGAAAACAAGUUAUUUGAUGUUUGGGCGUGCUGGUGUUCGGGCAGCGUCAAAGCCACCAUGGUUGAUAUACUGUGACCAAACAUGAUAUAUAAGAAGAGUUUAUGGAGGUCUUCCAUGGGAUUGUGUUUGUGGCCAUUAGGAUCAAGGUCACUGCUGCAAAAAUAGAAGAAAUAGUUGAAACUGAAUCUCUUCUGCCAAUCAUUUAACACCUGGUUUUGUCACAUUGCGAUUCUUGUUCACUUUUCAAUUUGAUUGUUUUAUUGCUUUUGACAGGUACAUAUUACAUCGUUAUUGUAUUCACUUCUAAGUCAAAGCGGCGUAGUCGAGCGCGCUGUCUUACGACGGCUCUUGUUGUUUUAUGUAGGUCAUCUAAUGAGAAACUGGUUAAAUGUUAUUGAUUUAAUUUUCUUCAAAAAUGGUGUUUUGUACAUAGUAAUUUGUAACAAUUACAGAAAAAUGAAAUAUGAAUACUGUUA